UGAGGUUACUUUAAUGAGAAAGUACAAUUUAGGCACAAGUGUGGCAAAUAUUGUAGGAAUCAUAGCUCGGAGAGACAUCAUGGGCCAGAGAGGUAGGGAACAGGCAGUACAAAGCAGGCCACAGUGAAUAGUAUCCUUGUCAAUUUGGCUUAGGUGAGGUAUAUUACUAUGUACUGUCCAGAACUCUGAGGUAUCCCCUCAGCUCUUAGCACCAUUGCUGUGGCCCUCCCGUGUUCUUCUCAGGUCCUUUUCGUUGCCAUCCAUCUGGGUAUCACAGGCAUUGCUUCUUACAGGCAUCCAGGAGGUGUUUAUUUCUGUAGCAGUCUUCCCUAGCAUUUCUUAGAGAAGAUGUGUAUUAUUAUCAGUGCCUAUAAAGGUCCCAGACCAAGGGCUGCCUUCCCGCCCCCUUCCCCAUGUUUCCUUUUUUUUUUUUUUUGGUCCAUUUCCAUGGGGUUUCAUCUUCCGAGGUUUCUUCCCUGCGUCCUUCUAGUCUUACGGCCUGCCUCUUGGGCAUCUUUCAUCCCAGUUUUUAGGGUAACUUUCUGCAACGGGCGGCGGCAUUUGACUGCUUUCUCUGGGUCCGCUGUACAGCAUCUGUGCCAUUGCAGCACCGCAGGGCUUCUUGUCCGGCGGCACUUCCCCUUCUCUGGGAGCUGUCUGGUUCGCAUGUGGCGGUCUCGCCUAUGACGGUCACACCGUGUGCAGUCUCGGUCUGUGAGACCGAGCCGUCCUGCCUGGGGCUCGCCACGGGGCUGCCCUUGGGCACCGCACAAGCUCUCCCUGCCCCCGCGCCAAGCUCCGAGCGCGCCUCGGACCCGCAGCGCCGCCCCGCCGCUUCGCGCUGCGCUGCAGGCGAGCUCAGCCUCCCCAGCGCUAGCCCUCCUGCUGCUUCCCCCCGCCGCAACCCGGCCGCCUCUGCCCAGUACAGUCCCCGGCGACGGCUCUCCCGGCGCACGCGGGUCACUCCACUUCCGCCUCUCCGUGGCGGAAGGGGCCCUUGAGCGGCGGGAGCCCUUCCGGGGAGGUGGCGACGCCGACGUGUGGAGCGGUGGCGGUAGUGGUGACUGCGGAGGUAUCAUCAUCAUCAUCAUCAUCAGCAGCAGCAGCAGCAGCAGCACUAGCACUAGCACUAGCACUAGCACUAGCACCAUGACGACGCUCCGGGCCUUCACGUGCGAUGAUCUCUUCCGCUUCAACAACAUCAACCUGGACCCGCUGACGGAGACCUAUGGGAUCCCGUUCUACCUGCAGUACCUGGCGCACUGGCCCGAGUACUUCAUUGUCGCCGAGGCGCCCGGCGGGGAGCUGAUGGGUUACAUAAUGGGUAAAGCAGAAGGCUCUGUGGCUAGGGAAGAAUGGCAUGGACAUGUUACUGCCCUCUCUGUUGCACCAGAAUUCCGACGGCUGGGUUUGGCUGCUAAACUGAUGGAACUUCUGGAGGAAAUUUCAGAAAAAAAGGGUGGAUUUUUCGUCGAUCUCUUUGUGAGAGUAUCAAACCAGGUUGCAGUAAAUAUGUAUAAGCAACUAGGCUACAGUGUGUACCGAACAGUACUCGAGUACUACUCUGCUAGCAGUGGAGAGCCAGACGAAGAUGCUUAUGAUAUGAGAAAAGCUCUUUCCAGGGAUGCAGAGAAGAAAUCGAUUAUACCUCUGCCUCAUCCAGUGAGACCAGAAGACAUUGAAUAACUGUAAGCUGUGGUUCUCGGGCAACUGAAGAGCGUCAGGUUCCUUCUGUAUCCCUGGCCCCCAAGAACUGACGGAUGAGAAAUCUUAGUCUCAAUGUUUUUCAUCAUGAAAUACCAAAAAGCAACAUUGAAAAGCUUACUAAUGCUGCUCUGUUGGUAAUGGCUGCAUAUUCCUGCACUUACCCCAUUAUUUUUCCUUUCAAAUACUGGAAAUUCAGAGACUAUUAAAAUGGAAUUACCUCAU